AUGGUCGAGACGGAUCUCGCUCCCCGCAUCGGGGCUGCCCUUCAUUGGGCUGUCGAGUCGCCCGCUCACAUUGCCGCGACCAUUGUCGGUGCCGUCGUCCUCUUCCACUUGGUCCCGUACAUCACCAACACGGCCUUCCUCAAGUAUCCUGGACCCUUCUUCGCCAAGUUCUCGGAUUUCUGGCUGCUCAGGCAGGCCAUGGUCGGCCACCGAUUUGAUGCCGUUCACAAGCAGCACCAGAAGUAUGGCAAAUUCGUCCGAGUCGCACCUAACCACAUCUCGAUCGCCGACCACGAGGCUUUGCAUCCUGUCUACGGCCACGGUACCGGCACGCUCAAGCCCGCCUACUACGACGCCUUUGUGCCGCCCAAGCCCUUCCCUCGUGGACUGUUCAACACGCGCGACCGCGCAGAGCACACCCGCAAGCGAAAGAUUGUCUCGCACACGUUCGCGCCCAAGACCAUCAUCGCAUUCGAGCCCUUCAUCCGACGUGAGGUGCAGCUUCUGCUCGAGCGCUGGGACGAGUUCUGCGACAAGGCCAAGAAGACUAAUGCCGAUGGACCUCGCGGCAUCAAGGGCCGCGCGUGGCUCGACUCGCUCAUGUGGCUCAACUACUUUGCUUUCGACACGAUCGGCGCUCUCGCCUUCGGCAGCACGUUCGGCAUGCUCGAGAACGGCGUCGACGAGGCCAAGGUUGAGUACGAGGACGCCAAUGGCAACAAGAAGGUCGACUACUGCUCGGCGGUCAAGAUCAUCAACGAGCGCGGUGAAUUCUCGGGUACCAUGGGUCUGGCCCCUGUCUGGAUGCGUCAAUACCUCAUCAAGCUGCCCUGGUUCUCGAGGAGGUUGACCUCGGUCAAGAAGCUCACCGGCAUCGCGCUCGCGCGUGUCAACGAUCGUCUGCAAAACGGCUCGGAGCGCGAGGAUCUGCUGGCCAAGCUGCAGUCUGCCAAGGACGACCGUGGCGAGCCGAUGGGCAAGAUGGAGCUCACCGCCGAAGCACUCACGCAGCUUAUCGCUGGAUCCGACACCACCUCCAACACCUCGUGUGCUAUCGUCUACCACCUCGCUACCCACCCGGAUAAGAUGCGCAAGCUGCAGGCCGAAUUGGACCGCGAACUCGAACACGCCGAGGAGGUGCCGCUGCACUCGGACGUUCAGGAGCUUCCCUACCUGCAAGCGGUGCUGAGCGAGUCGCUGCGCUUCCAUUCGACCUCUGCGAUCGGUCUGCCGCGUGUCAUCCCCGAAGGAGGCGCAACCGUCUGCGGCCAGCACUUCCCCGCAGGGACCAUCCUGUCGGUACCCGCCUUCACGCUGCACCGCGACAAGUCGGUGUUUGGCGAGGACGCCGACGAGUACAACCCGGACCGCUGGCUCGCCCCCAACGCCAAGAGGGACUUUGAGAAGGCCUUCAUUCCUUUCUCGGUCGGUCCGCGUGCGUGUGUUGGACGUAACGUGGCGAUGAUGGAGCUCUCGGUGCUGAUUGCGUCCAUCUUCCGCAGAUACGACAUUGUGCUUGCCGAGCCGGACAAGCCGUUGGAGACGUUUGAAGGGUUCCUGCGCAAGCCGGUGCAGCUGGAUAUCGGCCUCAAGCGCCGCGACUGA